CUUCCUUGAAACCCUUAUAACAGAACGAUAUGCUGGCAUUUCAUUUUUCAUAUUCCGAAUUCGGUCUUAGUUUGCCACAUAGGCGACCCGUGCAGGUGAUACUCGGGAUGUGGGGCGACGAGCCAUGGCACUGGAGUUCGAUUAAGCUUUCAUGUCGUUGGUCGGCGGUCUCCUUGCAAGGGCUUGGGUUGCGGAUGAAUAUUCAUUAUCCGACCCACCAUUGUCAAGCAGGGGACAUAUCCGGGCGGCAUGCGGUUGCUGUGAUGGACCUGAGGAGGUCAUCAAAUGAAUCCAUUGUGCUGAACUUCACAAGUAGCGGAGUGAGGUGAACUCGAGAAAUGAAACUACAGCGAAAUUGCGGAAAUCUCCAAUGUACACAGACGGAAGCUCAUUCAAUUUGCAAAAUUUUCGGCUUUUCCGGUGUCUCAAAGUUUAAUAGACAGUUAUCCAAGGAUGGAAAUAGUUGUGGGUACAAUAAUCACCACAGGGCCGCCCGCGGUUGCGGCGACUAAUGGUGCAGGCAUCAUAGUGAGAGGCAGGGUUUCGUGGGUGUCGUAGGUGGGGAAAGGUGGGGAAAAGUAUGAUGGUUGGACCAAGGAAAGCUAAACUCAAAAACUAUCAGUUUUGAGCAACCUGCAGAACAUAGAACGCAUGAUGCGUAGUAUGGUCAGUUCUUGGACAUGGGAAACGCGCACGAGGCGUGUCGCAGAUAAGAUGCAGUGAAAAAAGCCAUGGCUAACUGCCAAGCACAAAGAAAUGACGACGAAGGUGGCAUGUUCUUGGAGAUUCUGUGUAUAUUCCGGAAAGUCAGCCCGGUGGCGUCAAUGACAUCUUCUUGAGGUUCUCAUAGGACUUUCUCCCAUAGUGCUCGGAUUUCACUGACGAGAAGCAUAAUAUCGUUUCCGAAGGUGUACCUUUCGUACAUCUCAUGUCGAAACGUCACAAGCCAAAAAAAAAGUUGCGGCAAGGCUUCUAGAAAAACUUUGCAUGAGGCAAAGACAAGGCACUGCUUACUUGCAAGGAAUGUUUACAUGGGCCGUGAUCCGUUGCCAGGAUGAGACUUAUUCUUUGGAAUGGUUGGGUUUUGGCUCGGCGUUCGGAAUUGAUUCGAAUCUGAGCCAAGUUUGGAUUGCAAACGAAACCAUGUAUCUAGCAUCUGCCAUGUGGUGAUGUUUAGAGCUUUUGGUGUUGUCAAGGCCUGAAUCAAAUCCCGUGAGGCUCGGCAAAAUAUCCGUAAACCUUGAGAAUUUCAGUUCCCGGCACAUCGUGCCAGUGCCGCAAGCUUGGAAAUUUUGAGUUUCGAUGGAAGGUUGACGCGACCGCCGCAACUGAAUCGCCGGGGUAUGUGGAUCGAGUUACUGUAAUGUAACCUGGGGUAAUUGAUGAGAUAGAACAUUCCGUUUUGGCAAGACACCAGAUGGCAUGAUGGCAUCGUUGAAGCCAAUCCAAAUCGCUGUGAGCCGUCCGUGUUUUCGUUUUAGAAGCGACCCAUACAUCGCGUAAGCAAUAACUAUCCAAGUCCGAAUCUAGUGAAUAACCGGAAAACCUUGGAGAUGAUUUGCGUUUGAGACGUCGCGAUGCUGUGCUGGACUGACCUGCGAGGCUCGAAACUCGGAACAAAGCCGAACAAUCUUUUGCUGUCGCGGAAAGAAACCCGAGAGGCUCGUCGAGGGGGUCAGUACGUGCUAUCGGGACCGAAAGUCUGAAGUGAUCUGUGAUGUGGAGCCUUUCAAACGAGCGGAGGGCUCCUCGUUCCCACCUGCCUUGGCGCAACUCCAUCAUUCAUUCCCAUAUGGUGUCGAAGCGGAUCGUUCCAGUUGAAUCGUGACAUCCCAUGACCGUCUCAUGGAAUUCCGAUGCCGAUGCUUUCAACAGUAAGCGAGUUCAUGUUGCUCGUCUCGGGGCGUCGUCCAAUAACAAGUUUGGUACUCAAAUAAACUUCCGGGAAGAUUUUGCUGUGGAAGAACUCUCAUGAGAUGCCAUAAAUAACCUUCUUCUAGGGCCGAUUCUGGCGGUAGAUCAAUGAUCCGAAUUCCGCAAUACUGUUGCUUUCGUCUCGAAGCUUUGGUGAGCUUGGACUCGAGUCCUCGGGGAGGAGGCUCCUUAGGCAUAUGCUGUUGAGGACACAACCCCCAAUGCGCGGAAGUCACCCUCGGGUAUGGAUGAUUCAAGCGACUGAGCUCACAGCGUACUUCGAGUAUAAGACCUGUGCAGAUUCCUUCGUCUUGUUCGAAGUACUCUUCGUUCAUGUCAUUCAAAAGAUCCUGCUGUCGUUUCCUCCGACGAUACCCGCCUCGGCAAACGUUCAAAUAAAGUAUUCCUCGUCGCGAGGAUUCAGACCUACAAGGCCUGCGUAGCCAGUGUGUGAUCUGAGCACAUGACCCUCUUUUCCCGCGAUGUCCUCCUCCCUGAGAAUGAAUUAUGGCGCCUUGCGCGGCUACCAGAUUGAAUGACAUAACAAACUCGCGGUCUCGACAAAUUGCGGUGAAGGGGUUGGCAGUGAGUGUGCAUUUUUGAGUUAUCCAAAGUUCCCUUCAGAAACCAAUAUGCAAGGUCAAAUCGUGACCAGGAAAUCAACUCAUAGAAUACCAGCCACAAAGCCCUUGGCUACCAACCAGGCAUGGCAUCAGAGUACCUGGGAUUUAGUCCAAAGAAUUUUCCGAAAGCGCGUUAUGUUUAGAGGCAGCAGUGGAGAAGGCCGCCAAAUUCUCCUACCAAACGAGAUCCCAAAUCUCGAGAUAGACUUCUUCCACAACAAGGCGAAGAACUCCAGUAGAAACCCCAUUACCCAGGCACAUAUCGGCUCGAACUCGAAACCGUCCGUGCAUCCUUUGGAUGGUUGUCCUGAGUUGCUGUUUGGUCUCUCCAGGUAUAAGAAAACAAGGCUUGAAGCGUCAACUCAUGACCAGUCUUGUAAAUUAGUUCAAGGAACCGCUGUUUGGUAUUCUCUAGUUGGAGCCAACAUGCUCAAAUAAUAGGCAUUGGCCUAUGUAUCGACUUGUUUGUUAGUUGCGAUUUGUUCGCGAGUCAUAUCUAAUGAAGGGAGAGCACAGUUGGUGGUCCGACAUCAACGGAGGUCUGUCCGCAACGAAUCAUGAGCAUCAUCUGGGAGUGUAAGCUUGGCCUCUCUGAAGCGAAAUGCAAUUGGAUUUUGGAAGCUUAGCAGUUCUUCCACGGGUGUUCUAGUCGUCGACUAGUGUCCAAGCUUAAUCCAUGAGGCUUCGACGACUUUUCCGAGUCCUUGCACACCGCAUUCCACAUGGCGCCAAAGUUCAAACGCGUUCUUAUGGACCAAUCGUGAGGUUAGAUGUGUAGGGCGCACCGACGAAAUUUGCUCACACCAGCCUCUCUGCCAGGACUUUGGGCAGUUUGAUGUUUAGUCUGCGAAUGGCGCCUGAGGUAAUAGGGCCUUGUCUAGCUUUACCUCAGAGUGUUCUCGAAACGGUAGAACAAUGCGACUCGUAAGGCGGUGAAAAUUGGGUUGAAGAUGAGGUGGAUCUCGGUCGUAGGGCUGGUGUCCUGCUGUUGAAGAUCCGGCAGAGAGCGAGGGAUAAUGCCUCAGCGUCUUGUGCAUUGCUGUGCAUUGUUGUUCAUCGCUACCGGGCAAGUAUUAAUUUCAAUCAACCACAGCCUCGCCACGCCUAUGAGUGAUGAGAUCCUCCGCUACACUUGUAAUUGGUCCAGCAAAUCGAAUGAAUACAGCUGAUAUGGAUCACAUCGUCAUCAUCCCAAGCCCACCGUCAUUUGCCGUCCUUUACCGCUCAUUAUUUGAAGCCUCGCGACCACUGGCGAGCCUGAUUGGGUGUGCGAUGGGCGAUGGUGAGAUGAAGCCCAGGGAGGUCAGGUUGGUGUGUGGAUCGUAGGUGAGGAUCAAGGGUUGACGGCUCAAUAUCACUGGUGGAUGGAUGGGAUGGGAGAGGAGAAGGAUUAAGUGCACGGGGAGUGGUGCUUCUUCGGGUGACGAAGUAGUCGAAGCCUGGUGCUGCGCUGUGCUGUGCUGUGCUGUGCUGCGCUGUGCUGUGCUGUGCUGUGCUGCGCUGUCCUGUGCUGUG